GGUACCAAUUGAUCAUCCAAAAUGGCAGCUUCCUAGUAGGCCUAAACGAGAGUUAGGCACUAAAUAACGAAUUUCCCCGUUCCUUUCCCCUUUGGACGGAGAAGAAAUCAGCUAUGCUUACUCCAAGUGGCAGGCUGAUCAUUCCGGAAAAGUUCAUUCCAUUUUUGGGAGUAGGGGCUGCAGUUGCAGUCACUCUUACCUACAUUUUCUGGGGACCGGAUGAUGCCGGACGCGGUUCUAAAGCAGGAACUGGGAAACGAAGAAAAGUUGCCGGACUGGAGAACCUCGGGAACACCUGCUACCUGAACACGAUCCUACAGAGCCUGGCUUCAUGCCCGGCAUUCGUUAGGUGGCUCAGCAGGGCUCUCCGGCAGGGAUUCUUUAAGGGCAAACGCAAUGAGCUUGCCUAUAAGCUCUCCAAGACUUUAGAAGUUGUGAAUGACCACUCGGCCCAUCACGAUGGUUCCCAGGUCUACUCCCCACAUGAAGUUCUGCACGCUCUGUACAACUGCAGUUGGAGAGCUGACAGGGACCAACAGGAUGCGCACGAAUUGUUCCAGUUUCUCCUCUCUGUCUUGGGCGAAGAGAAGGAGCCCGUCCCAUCUCCCGUGCCCCUGUGCGAUGCCUCAAAAUUGAUCGAACCUGGAAGGAACGGCUUGACAGCUGCCCACUCAGACCUUCACUCUAACAUUGAAGCAGACCUACCCAAAGUUGCUUGCCGGGAUGGAGAGUCACCCUUCAGGGGCCUGCUGGCCAACCAUCUGACAUGCACCGUCUGUGGCCACAGGAAUCCGGUCACCUACAGCAGCUUUGAUUGCUUGACCCUUCCCAUUCCGGCGACGGUCUUUGGAGCGUUGUCUCUGGAAUGCAUCCUUGCUAAGUUCACCCAGCGUGAGUUGGUCCAUGAUGUCGAAUGCAUUGAAUGCUCUAAUGUGCUGACAGGCAGGUUCAUCCCUUCUAAACAUAAGAACUCUAAAAAAGUGGCUUCUACCACGUCAAGACGAAUAACGCCGCCCACUCCAAAGAAGGUCCCAUCUGCUUCCUCAAUUUCUGUGGAAGCUGCACCUGCUCUUUCCACAACUCCGCCCCCCGCCUCAGCAGUAACCUCAACAGAUGCUCCACCCACUUCACAAGCAGCACUGUCAUCUGCAUUUGAUGUCCCACACGCACAACUAGAGAGUACAGCCCCACCCAUCUGUUAUCAGAGGAAUGGUAAUUUGCAUGUGAAAACUCCACCUACUGAGAAGUUGCCAAGUAAAUCGGGAAGGGAUGAUUUCAAGGAGGAGACGAAUGGUAGAGAUGAUGAUGUGGCUGCGUCUUCAGCGGUAGUAGUAACGAAUGGAUCUGAUGCAGUCCUGUGCUACCGUGCCAGCAGUAACAUGGCAACGGAUGCAUCACCUGGAUUUGCUGUAGCAAGAGAAGAGCUUCAAGCCCCGAAUUGUGGCGGUGGGGAGAAGAGCACGCCCAUUUGCAAUGGUUCUUUGAAAACGGAAAACACAGAAGAAAUGAGUAAUGUCUCCAGCCACUUUGAACAAAAUGGCAUUGAAACGCGAGGUCAGGAUGUCAUAGAUCCUAGUUAUGAAAUGGCUAGAGAGGGAACAAUACAAACAAAUGAGGAUCGGUGUCAAACUCAGUGUUCAAAUGGGAAUAUUACAGUUUGGGAACUUGAAUCGCCAGUGAGUGAUUGCUUAGCCAAGAAGAGACAAGCAGAAAGUAGAAAGAAGAAAACGAAGGGAAAUGUCCACUGUAAUGGCACUGUCGAAGUAGAAAAGUGCACUGGACCGGAAGCCAGUUCCCUAGGGCAGAAUAGUUUCUCUAAGGUAACCCCGCCUAGGUGGCAAUCAACCCCAAAGCCACACCCGCAGCCCAUGAUCAAAGAAACCACUGCCUCAUCGGCCGAUCAGAUCGACAGGACAAGGAACACACCCACUUCGUCCGUAUUUGGUCGGAUACCAGGAACCGGCGCCGUGACUCAGUCUCCAUUUGAAGUUGUUAGCCAGCCCGGCGGAGAUGACGAAAGCGAAGAAUCCUCGACCAAAUGCCGAAGGAUGUUUCUUAAACAGCUGACCCUAGGAAAGCUCCCACAGUGCCUGUGCAUCCACCUACAGCGAGUCACCUGGCUGACCAACGGUCUGCCCUCACGGCGUGAGGAGCAUGUGAUGUUCCCCGAGUACUUAGACAUGAGUCCCUACAAGCAGAUGUCGGCCGUGAGCAGCGUCCCACUGAGCAGACCCAAGCUGAUGAGAUGGACGUCGGACUUGUCUGAUGAUGGAGCCACGCCCGUACACACACCCCAAAGCAGUCAGAGUUUCAUUGGAGGAAGCUUCCUGACAGACCCAGCUGGAAGGUCACUGGUCGGGGGUGGGCUGGGUCAGAUGUCCCCUAGGAUAUCCCAUCAUGCAACAGGAACAGCUGAGGACAGCAACGGCAGAACGAGAGUGACAGAUCACAGCGGUGAAGUUAAUGGGAUUCCGGAUGCAGGGUACCACUUGAAACCGACGGAGGCCAGGUACCGACUCGCCUCGGCAGUGGUGCACGUGGGCGAUGCAUUCUCCGGCCACUUCCUGACCUUCCGAAGGGCGCCCUCUGUUGGCAACGAACCCCUCAGUGACAGCUGGCUGUGCAUCUCUGACGAGUGUGUGUACACGUCCACGGCGAAGGAGGUCUUUUCGCAGAAGGCCUACAUGCUGUACUACCAGAGGACAUAGACGCCGCCCUGGGAGUGCCGCCAUUUUGGAGUGUAAAUGAAAAUUGUUCAGUGUAACAGGUCUGCUUUACUUUUCUUAAUGCCUGGCAAAAAAGUGCAUGUUGUUUGGUAAGCCGGUCUGUGUCCACACUAAUGUUGCGUCUGUAUUUAUGCUUGUCCUCUGGGUGUCUCCAGGCCGGGACUGAGCAUCAAGUUGCAUUGGUCGAGGAAUAUGAAAAGUCGUGACGGUCAAUUUUUUUCCUAAUUCUCGUGCUGCAUUUAAGGCACUUACAUGAUUUUACUGGUAUUUAUAGUGUGUUUGUAUUGUUAAUAUGUGGAAGGUUGGACUAAUUCUAUCCAAAGGCACCAUUCUACACAGGCUAGACCAAGGUCCUCAAAGGCAAGUACAAAAUCUAACAGCAAUAUAGAAGGCCUGUAUUGCAGUCCCUCAAGUGUAUUGACAGUUAUACACAUUUUCAGGUAUCCUAAAGAUAUCCAUCUCUAAAAUUUAUAGCACUUAUUUAUUUGACUUAUGUGGAGACUUUUACUGGAAGUUGUUUUGCCAUUUUGGGAUUUCAGUUCGAGAAGUAGUGUAUGUCAUUCCAUAGUCUGGAGAAAUUAUGGUGUGUAUUCGGUGUUGAUGUAGGUUUAUGGAAUGGUGAACAAUUUGGUCACAUCACUAGGGGCUAUUCACCAUAGAAGAUUUCUGAAAGUAGGGAAAGAGUUUUGUUAGUUUAACUUUUAUAAUGGUUCAUCAAAUCAGGUGGAGCCGAGACCAGACCACGAUUUGAACCUUGGAUUUGGCCUUCACGACGCCUGUGUUGUCGAGGGAUUAUUUGAUUUUUAGAGUGAAGUUUAUCUGUGUAACAAAUCCAGCUCCAAACCUGACCUGUACUUCAACCAGUCUGGUAGAAUACACAGUGGCCCUCUUGUAUGAAACUAGGGUAGCACCUCACUGAUCCUCGAGGGUACUUUGAAACUCACUCCCACACCCCCCCCAAAAAAAAAAAAUGAUCACGCAGAACAAAGUACUCUGCUGCUAAUCUUGAGUGAUGGUGUUUGAGUCAGCAUUUCCUUCAAAGUACGUUAAACCCCCGAGAGUGAAGUAUACAUUUCUACCUCGCAGCAGACCCUGUACAUGUGCAGUACACACCCAUAUAGUCUCGGAGAAUCUCAAGCACCGAAUAACAUGGUUGGCAGCAUAAAUCCACGUAUCCUGGCCACUGAGCUGAAAGGUUUCAUGCUCCAGCUUUUUCAAAAACUAAAUCAUUUUUCAGUUUUACUGGGAUUCAAAAGUCUCCAUCAGAUGUCAUGUUAUUGACUUGUAUUUUUCUUUGUAUUGGGUCACCAUCCAAGGAAAACACCUCAUGUCAACCCUUAACAGCCAACUCUAACAGCAUCUUUCCCCAUUUUGACACUUCAUGAUGUACAUGUAUAUUGUUAACAAUGAGCCUGAUCGAACGUCUUACAAGUUGACAGGUACGUAUUUGCCGACAAGACCGACUUUAAGAAUUUGUAUUUGUAUUUUUUUCUCUGAAUUUCAAAUUUAGAUUUGUAACUGUCAGCCCUACUUUGUUUUGUUUUCCCGUGCAAUCCACAGAUGAUCAGGUCAACAGGAUUAAAAGCAAAGUGAAGUUGAUGAUGACUGACUUCCAGUGUGUCUCUGCACUGAUGCAUAAUUGACUAUGCUGUGGCUAGUCCACGUCAGCCAUUUUAUGUAUUUGAAUAUAUUAUACAGUAACAGAUUGUUUUCUUUUUAAGAAGUGUUGCAAAACUGCAAGCAGACCACAUUCCCUUUCCCUACCUCAUGAACCAGAGCCGCAGGUUAAUUUAUGAACCUGAUGCAGCAUAACAAGUAUUUAUAUCCGACACUGACGUCUAUUGCCUCUUACAGAAUUAAAGGAAGGGAUAAACCGAAUGAAUAGUGCUGCAAUCAAUUGAAAUUGCACUGGAAAAUCUAAACACAUCAGAACCUUAAAAACCUAUAGAGGUUCUGCAUGGCAGCCAUCUUUCUGGUAACUGCUUUUGUCGCGGGAGGGAUAGUACAAAAGGUCUACUCGUGUAUCUGUGUGGCAGGGAAGCUCUUACCGGAAAAAUGGUUGCCAUGCAGAACUUCUAUAGUCUGACUACUUUGCAAGGUUUGUCUAGAAAGUGUCACAAAUGUGGGGUAGGUUGUUGCUCCGACAGGAAUUGUAAGUUUUUUCAUUUCACUCUUCUAGCUUACAAAAUUCAGAGGUAAACUGCCAAGUGUAAACCCCAUCUUUCCCACAUCCUUCAAAAUCCAUAAGGUUUGGUAGGAUUUUGUAGGAUUGAGGCAGGGAGAGCUCAACAGGGCUUAUUCGCCGUUAAAUGUACCUUUUCCUCCUCCAAUGGAGUGGCAAAAUGCAAAAACCAAAUGCGACACUUAUGUCCCCAGUAGUUAGACUUUGCUGCUAAGAGGAGAAAGGUAAUCACAGAAGAGGUCCCUUUUACUUCUCCGCUGUGUUUAAACCAGCACCCUUAAAACUACCAGUAACAGUCCACUACUACCGACUUCAUUCUCACGUACAAAUGCCAGGCCAAACGCGCAACGUUUGCCGUGCUAUAUUUAGUGAAACGGGGGAUAAGCCAGACUGGCCCGCGAUUCAGUACGUGCGUGGUUUGUUCCCAGCUGUCACAUUCCAAGUUACAUGAUUAUGAGCAAGGGACCAGUGAGUCAUCCCACUGUAAAGAGCUUCCAGAUGUUAACUUACCGCCGUGCCACCCUGGUGUCGACGGACAGUCCUGCGCUCACAUUCCUUCCAUCGUGCGACAGUUUCCUGGAGUGAAUGAUGUAGCGUGCACUCAUAAAUCUUUGCCUGGUUUUGUGUAUAGGCAACUCAUCCCGAAUCGUGUUCCAAUUGAAUGUCACUUCCCCGAUGGCAACGUUGAAUGAUACAGGGAAGCAAUACAGUCCAUCAACAGAUCCACCAACCCAAAACACAUUUUGUCUCAAAGUCAGUCAGAAUGUUUUAUCAAUGGACAUCUUACUCCCCAAAGUGGAACCAACGUGGCCACAUCUGAAAUGUGAAUGCAUCCAGUUACAACACGUAAGCUAACAAAAACUGCCAAAUCAACUUUCCACAGAUGAGUAUGUUGCUUUAAGCCACAGCUAGCUACAUACAUGUAUUUAUAAGACACAGCCAGACUAUUCACCACGAUCCAAUGCUUGGCAAAGCAGACACUGCAAUGUUACAUUUUAAUGGAUACGGCUUAUCAAGACCCUUUUUACAUGACGGCAACAGACAUGUAGGUCACAUUCUGGACUGCCUGAGGAAGUUUCCUAACUUACAUCUAAUGUCCAUAACUAAAUUGUGGAGUUCCUCGCUUGAAAAUAAAAAGAGCACGAAAGAAUUGACUGAAAUGAGACUCGGUUGUGCUGUAAACUGCCGCAAGUGGACUAUCCAUCCCAACUUGGAUGAACCUGGUGUCCACAUGAUACGGCUUUAAGCAGCAUCUCUUUUAUUUUUACAAAUGUAUUAAGAACCGAAAUAUUUUACAGCUGUGGACUUAAUGGUAUCAGAAACAUCUUACGGUUUACACGUACACCAGACGAGUAAAAAGGGCAAUAUCACAUACUAUAAAACCCAUUUGGAAUUUGAAUUGGGUGUUCAGUCUUUCCACUGAGCGAUUUGUUCAAAGGUUAUGCAGAAGGCAAGAACCCAACAAAUUUCAACGUGAAGAUCUUUCGUGAUAAAAAGUCCACGUUUACUUCAUCCGUCAAGUCUGCAAGGAAUGUUGUUCUUGCAUGCCUAUUACCAAGCUGCACAAGGAUUAAAAAAUUGAGUUUCAGUGAAUAUGCCUCCGCUUAACU